GUACCUAUUUUGUAGAAAAAUUUACAACAAAAGGAGCUAGCUUCCAAACUAUUUGCUAUUGCUUUUCAGACAAUUUGCUGCUGCUGUUUCAGAGCAGAGAAGUUGAUAAGAUGCUAGCUCCAGCAUGUAGCCUGAAGCCAAUAUGGCAAUAUGAGAGAUUCCAAAUCAAAAGCUCUUCUUAGAUAAGGCUUUUGCUUCUUGCUACACAGAGAAGCCAUCAUGAAUCUAUGUUAAUCUAAAAUAGAACUUCCUCAACAGAUCUGCUCAAAGCAGCUCAACAUCCUUCCAUCACACAAUCCCAUAUACAUUUACAAAGAGAAGUUUCAGAACAAAGAGAGCUCACAGAAAGAAACCAUAUGCAUGGCUCCUCUCACUCCAAGAGUGGUGGUGCCCAUAGAUGUGAGGAAGAAGCCAUGGGAGCAGAAGCUGCCCCUACACAACCGGUGGCACCCGGAGAUACCUCCGGUGGCUGACGUCACCGAAGGGGAGCUCUUCCGAGUCGAGAUGGUCGACUGGACUGGCGGCCAAGUUACUGACAAUGAUUCAGCAGCAGAUAUCAAAUUUAUGGACCUUUCGAUCACCCAUUAUCUUAGUGGCCCUUUGAGAGUUUUGGACCCCCAAGGGGUUCCGGCACAGCCCGGUGAUCUUCUUGCAGUGGAGAUCUGCAACUUGGGACCGCUCCCGGGCGAUGAAUGGGGUUACACAGCAACAUUUGAUAGAGAGAAUGGAGGUGGUUUUCUAACUGAUCACUUCCCCUCUGCAACCAAAGCUAUUUGGUACUUUGAAGGGAUCUAUGCAUAUUCCCCUCACAUACCAGGUGUUAGGUUCCCGGGUUUGACCCAUCCUGGAAUAGUUGGGACUGCGCCAUCAGUUGAGCUUCUAAAUAUAUGGAAUGAGAGAGAAAAGAAAUUGGCGGAGAGUGGAACUGGGUCAAUGAAAUUAUGCGAAGUUGUGCACCAGAGACCUCUUGCGAACCUACCGACACCCAGGAAUUGCCUUCUUGGAAAGAUAAAAGAAGGAACACCCGAGUGGGAACAGAUUGCAAAUGAGGCAGCAAGAACAAUACCGGGAAGGGAGAACGGAGGGAACUGCGACAUCAAGAAUCUCAGUAGAGGCUCGAAAGUGUAUCUUCCAGUGUUUGUAGAAGGAGCAAAUCUUAGUACAGGCGACAUGCACUUCUCGCAAGGCGAUGGCGAAGUUUCAUUUUGCGGAGCCAUAGAAAUGAGUGGAUUCCUUGAGCUAAAGUGCGAGAUUAUAAAGGGAGGGAUGAAAGAGUACCUGACACCGAUGGGCCCGACCCCUCUACAUGUGAAUCCAAUCUUUGAGAUAGGGCCAGUCGAGCCACGGUUCUCCGAAUGGCUAGUGUUCGAGGGAAUAAGCGUCGACGAAACCGGGCAGCAGCAUUUUCUCGAUGCCACAGUGGCUUACAAGCGCGCGGUGCUCAACGCCAUCGACUACAUCUCGAGAUUCGGGUACUCCAAAGAGCAGGUAUAUAUUUUACUCUCAUGCUGCCCCUGCGAAGGAAGGAUUUCAGGAAUUGUUGAUUCCCCGAAUGCAGUCGCGACCCUCGCCAUUCCUACUGCCAUUUUCGAUCAGGACAUACGACCGAGAUCAGGGAAGGUGCCACAGGGACCGAGACUAAUAAAAAGGCUUCCCGAUGUGCUACGGUGCAAAUAUGACGGAGAUCUACCGAUAACACAAAACCCAGGAGGGACUACAUAGAAUUGUCAUCGUUAAAAUGACACUUCUAUACAAAUCUCUCUGCAUUCGCAACUUGUUCUUCGUACAUUUGAAAUGUCGUCUAUAUGCGCAUAUCGAACUUUGUGUUACAGCUGAAUAAUUGUUGUAGAACGGAGAGUAUGUAUGCAUCUUCACUACAAAUAAAUAAUGUUUUUGAUUCUGAAUUCA